AUGAACAGCAGCGGACCAGCCUACCCACUGGCAUCUCUUUAUGUGGGGGACCUGCACCCGGACGUGACCGAGGCCAUGUUGUAUCAGAAGUUCUCUCCUGCAGGUCCCAUCACUUCCAUUAGGGUCUGCAGGGACAUUAUAACUCGCCGCUCUCUGGGAUAUGCCUAUAUAAACUUCCAGCAGCCAGCAGAUGCUGAAUGUGCUCUGGACACGAUGAACUAUGACUUCCUCAAGGGUCGACCGAUCAGAAUUAUGUGGUCCCAGCGAGACCCGGGACUGAGGAAGUCUGGAGUUGGAAACAUUUUCAUUAAAAACAUGGAUGAAUCCAUUGACAACAAGGCGCUCUAUGACACCUUCUCUGUAUUUGGGAAUAUUUUGUCCUGUAAGGUUGUCUGUGAUGAGAAGGGAUCAAAAGGUUAUGGGUUUGUCCAUUUUGAAACUCAGGAGGCAGCAAACCGAGCCAUAGAGACCAUGAAUGGGAUGCUGUUGAAUGAUCGAAAAGUUAAAGGGACAUACAGUCUGGAGUCUGGCAUUAUCAUCUCAAAGACUCCAUUUGUGGCAGGCUCUGGUCAGGUUCCCAAGGUUAGGUCAGAAAUCGCAGGAGCCAAGGCUAGUUUCGUGGGUCACUUUAAGUCCCGUAAGGAAAGGGAGAUGGAGUAUGGCUCAAAGGCGGUCAAGUUCACCAAUGUGUAUAUUAAGAACUUUGGGGAAAACUUCACUGACGAGAAAUUGAAAGAGGUUUUUGCUGCGUUUGGGAAGACUCUGAGUGUGCGUGUGAUGAAGGAUGAGAAGGGCGUGUCGCGUGGAUUUGGAUUUGUGAACUAUGCCUUUCACGAGGACGCUCAGAAGGCCGUUAUGGAGAUGAACGGGAAAGAUCUUGGAGGCGGAAUCCUGUAUGUGGGCCGCGCUCAGAAGAGACUGGAGCGACAGGGAGAACUCAAGCGCAAGUUUGACCAGAUCAAACAGGACCGCAUCCAGCGCUACCAGGGCGUGAAUCUGUACGUGAAGAAUCUCGAUGACACGAUCGACGAUGACACGCUCCGGAAUGAGUUUGCUCCUUAUGGAACCAUCACCAGUGCAAAAGUGAUGACCGAUGGUUCCCAGAGCAAAGGUUUUGGGUUCGUGUGCUUCUCGUCACCAGAGGAGGCGACGAAGGCCGUGACUGAGAUGAACGGCCGGAUCAUUGCCACCAAACCGCUGUACGUGGCACUGGCGCAACGCCGAGAGGAGAGAAAAGCCAUCCUCACCAAUAAAUACAUGCAGAGACUGGCUUCGGUCAGGUCCAUGCCCAGCCCCUUGAUCGACUCCUACCAGCAGGCGGGAUACUACAUGACUGUCCCGCAGCCGCCGUCCCGGUCCUACUAUAACCACGGUGCUGUGAAUAACAUGAGGCCGGUUCCUCGCUGGACUGGACAGUCGCCCAAACCAACAGGGCCGUAUUUGCCUCAGUUCAACGCAGGCCCACGUCGAGGAUCCAUUGCUACAGUGAAACAAGCUUCUACCCAAGUGCCUUAUGUCAACACUGGAGCUCAGAAAACCAAUAACAUUGGGACCCAGACUGUUGGAGGGAGGGGCGACUCGGGUCGAAGUAACCAGUACAAAUACUCGACUGGAGUUAGGAACCCACAAGUGGUGCCAGUGCCAGCCCCGCGACAGGGGAAGUCGAUGAUGGAGACUGUGGUUUACAUGACUGUUCAGGACCCUCUGGACGCCACAAUGCUGGCAUCCGCUCCCAUUAUGGAUCAAAAACAGCUUCUGGGGGAACGACUCUACCCGCUGAUCCAGGCUUAUCAUCCAAACCUGGCUGGAAAAAUCACUGGGAUGUUACUGGAAAUCGACAACUCUGAGCUGCUGCACAUGCUGGAUUCUCCUGAGUCUCUUCAUGCCAAGGUGGAUGAGGCCAUUGCAGUCCUUAAAGCCCAUUCAGCAAAAGAUCUGUCUCCAAAGAAGUAG